AUUGCAUGAUGCCCACCUUUCAUGGAAAGAACUUGGUGCGAAGGAUGACAUGCGCGAGCGCGCGGCUUCCUCUCCCGCCCUGGCGACCGCCCUCGCCCGCCUCAUACACCGAUGUCAGAGCCUGCGCGAGCUCCGCCAAAUCCACGCCCACAUCACCACCUCCCCCCACCUCGACCCCCGCACCGCCGCUUCCCUCCUUUCCCGCCUCCUCUUCUUCUGCGCCACCUCCCCCGCCGGCUCCCUCCCCUACGCCUCCGCCCUCUUCCGCCGCCUGCCCUCCCCGACCCUCUCCGCCUACAAUGCUAUGAUCCGAGCGUACGCCAUGCCCUCCUCCCCUCUCAUCCCUCUCUCCCUCUACGUCCAAAUGCUCGCCGCUGGUGUCCGUCCCGACCACCUCACCUUUCCCUUCCUCUUCAAGCAUUGCUCCCUUCGCCUCGACUCCGCCGCCGGCAGGAGCCUCCAUGCCCACGUCUCGAAGUUGGGCCUCCAUUUGGACAUCUUCGUUCAAAAUGCCAUGAUCUAUAUGUACUCGACCUGUGGACUCGUCGAUUCCGCGCGGAGGUUGUUCGAAGAAAUGCCCCACAGAGAUGUAGUCUCUUGGAACUCGAUUUUGAUAGGGUAUUUGAGGUGCGGGGAGCUCGACUUGGCUCUGCAUCUGUUUCUGGACAUGAAGGAGAGGAAUACAAGAACUUGGAACUCGAUCAUAACUGGGUUUGCACAGGGUGGCCGGUCGAGGGAGGCAUUGGCUUUGUUCCAUGAGAUGCAGCACUCGGCCAAUGAAUGUGCUAAGCCUGACAAGGUGACGGUUGCCAGUGUAGUCUCGGCAUGUGCUUCACUGGGAGCUCUGGACCAGGGGAAAUGGGUGCAUGGUUACUUGAAGAGGCAUGGGCUGGAGUUUGAUGUCGUGAUUGGAACCGCAUUGAUAGACAUGUAUGGAAAAUGUGGGUGUGUGGAGAGAGCUGUGGAGGUCUUCCAGGAGAUGCCCAACAAAGAUGUCUUGGCUUGGACUGCAAUGAUCUCUGCAUUUGCCAUCCAUGGGCUUGGAGAAGAGGCUUUUGGUCUUCUAGAAGAGAUGGAGAGGCAUGGGACAAAGCCUAAUUAUGUGACUUUUGGUGCACUUCUAAGUGCUUGUGCUCAUGCCGGCCUGGUAGAAAAAGGCUGGUGGUGUUUCAAUGUGAUGAAACAAAUCUACUUGAUUGAACCUCAGUUGCAGCAUUAUGCUUGCAUGGUUGAUUUGCUUGGCCGAGCAGGGUUAUUUGAAGAGGCUGAAAGACUGAUCAGAAGUAUGCCUAUGGAGCCAGACUCGUAUGUUUGGGGGGCAUUGCUUGGGGCAUGCAGGAUGCAUGGAAAUGUGGAGCUCGGAGAAAGGGUGGCUGGUUAUUUGAUUGGCUUAGAUCCUCUGAACCAUGCAUUCUAUAUAAUUCUUUCAGAUAUAUAUGCAAAGGCUAACAGGUUUAAGAAUGUAAAGAAAGUUAGAUCUGUCAUGAAAGAGUGCUGGAUAAAGAAAACUGCACCUGGUUGCAGUAUGAUUGAAGUUGAUGGACAGGUGCUUGAGUUUUCAGCAAAAGGGGCACCUGAGAACUUGAUGAUGGAAAUAGAGUGGGCGUUGAAUGGAAUCAAUGGCGAGCUGAAGUCCACAGGUUACUUGACCAUUAAUGAUGAGGAAUUGUUAGAAAGCCCUUGGUCUUGUUAACAUGUAGCAGCUUGUUUAAAUAUCUGAUGCAGAUGCCAGAUUCAUUCUAUUUUUUGGGCAAAUAAGUUCAUAUCAUGAGAUUUAAAACAAGUCUUAUGUGCUUUCUUUAUGGCAACUGAGGAAAGCGACUCAUUUUGAACAGAACCUACAGCCUUUCGACCAAUUUUCAGGAAGGAACAAAGAUAAAUAAUCUAGAGAUGCAAGGAGACAGUACUGAAUGUAGAAAAUCCUUUGAACAGUGAAUGAGUUACCAAGUAUGCUGCAUCAAAAUCAGAGUUGACAGAAACUUGUUCAAAGUGCACUUCUUCCUAUUUAUGUAACAAAAAGAAAGGUGAA